UCGGUUCCCCACACGCAUGGCAUGUGUCCAACAGAGCCAUGGCGUCAUGUGGCUCGGAGGCACGCCGCGGCUGCGAGGACCCUCCCGAGCCGCCUGCGGUACCGCGGCUGCCGCGCCCGCAGAGCGCGCAUCGACAAGCCCGGAAACAGGAGCAGCAAGCCUUGCACCAGCCAGCCUUGCCGCAGCAGGUGCACCCACGCCUGGGCCGCCUUCGCCGUGGCGCCGUGGCGGCGCGCCCAGCCCUGAAGCCGCGGGGCGUCACGGAGCCGGGCCCGCUGGGCCCCGAGCUGCUGGAUCCUGCGGUGGUGGCGGCCUCGCGACUGAUGCAGGAGGCUUAUACCUCCGGUACCGAGUUGGGGGAGACGUCCGAAGAUGACGAUGAGAUCCAACGCUGGUCUCCGCCUUCCAGCGAGUCCUCGAACUCUGAAAGUUUUUUGGGAUCCGCUUGGCGUGCAGCGUCCAGCUUCAUGACGUGGAUUACACCUGCAGCCAUGGACCGUUUCUGGGGCAAGGUGCACUGCGAAGAGAUGCUCCCUGGAGUGUGCUGUUCACCUCCGUUGCUGGCGCCGGAAGAGGCCAAAGUGUCUAUCACUGCAGGGCUGGGAAAAAAACCCGCGAGCUCCGCGACACGACCUGCGAAGCUUCGAAAAAGAUUCGGGGCUUCCGCGGUUUUGCGGGGUUAAAA